AUGUCGAGCUUCAAGGACUUCGUCAAGGCGCGCAAGGCCGCGGCGGCCAAGGGCGGCGGCGCCGCGGACAAAACACCCGCGCCGGCGCCGCGCCGGCCGCCCGCCGCCGCGCCGCCGCAGGUCGCGCCGCAGCCGCCCGCGCGGCCGCCCUACGCCGGCCCGCGCGUGCUCAUGGUGACGACGGCGAACCUCUUCGUCUACGACAACAGCGGCCGGAGCAGCGACAUGACGAAGCGGCCCACGGGCGGGCUGACGCUGACGUACGCGCUGACGCGCUACGCGAAGCGCGCGCUGGCCGCGCGCGUCGUCGCCGUCGACUUCGUCUUCAAGCACUACGAGCGCGAGGCGCGCCGGUGGGAGGGCCUGGACGUGGACUGCGUGCGCCUCGGCUGCGACCCGCAGAUCGCGGCGGGCGCCUACGACGUCGUCGUCGUGAGCUCGCCGGAGCUCGGCGUCGCGCGGUGGGUGUCGGCGCACUGCGACGCGCCGCUCAAGAUCGCCAUGUGCCACGACUACGCCGGCGCGCCCUGGGGCCCGUUCACGAACACGGACGAGGACCAGCGGGAGGAGCUCUACGCCGUGCUCGCGGGCUGGCGGCUCCUCACGGACUCGCAGCACGUCGCCGACUACCACAACCGGUUCGCGCCCGAGGCCUACGCGGCGCGGGGGCUACCGAACCCGCCGACGGCGCGCCAGUGCUACGGGGCCUGCUACGGCUACUACGAGCGCCACCGGAUGCCCCACUUUGCCGACGCGAUCGAGCGCGAGUACGUGACGAUCAUCUCGCCCUGCGCGCCCAAGGGCCUCUCGAUGAUCGCCGCGCUGUCGCCGAUGAUGCCCACGACCAAGUUCCUCUGCGUGGCGACGGCCUGGACGAACGGCGUCGUCCAGCACAUCCUGAAGCGCUUCGAGAACGUCGACAUCCAGAUGGGCACGCAGAACGUCGACGACUUCUACGCGCAGACGAAGGUCCUCAUCGUGCCGUCGAUCUGGCCCGAGGCCUUUGGGCUCGUGACCAUGGAGGCGUCGGCGCGCGGCAUCCCCGUCGUGUCCACGGACCACGGCGGCCUGACGGAGGCGAACCCCGUCGCGCGGCUCAAGAUCCGGACGCCCUACUUCUACGACCACGCGGGCUUCCAGCUGCUGCGGGACACGACGCUCGACGACAUGAUGGAGCGGCCGCGGCCGCCGCCGCCGGACGACGUCGUCGCCGCGGGCGGCGACGCGGAGAAGCGCCAGGAGAAGGUGUCGAAGCACCUCCUGCGCUGCCUGCUGCACAUCGCGCCCCAGGACGUCGCGCUGCCCUUCGCGAACCUCAUCCACGCGCUCAUGACCGACGACGCGUUCUACGCGGCGGCCGCCGCGGACGCGCGGAAGAGCGGCCUCGCCUUCAUCGAGAAGCACGAGGACAAGAUGGACGCCAUCAUCGCCGAGGACUUCGCGAACCCCGCGGUCUUUAAGUUCUAG